AUGGAUCCUGUGACGGCCUUCGGUCUCUUUUCUGGCGCCAUCCAGGUCCUGCAAGCCAUUGCAUCGACCGUUGGUGGCCUGCGCCAGCUGACUGGCAAAUUACGAGAGGCCGAUUUCACCAUCCAAUCCCUGAUUCAGGAGCUAGCAUGCAUUCGGACGGCACUCACAAGCCUCAAGGAGUGGCUCCGUAUCCACCGCAGUGGCAGCGGUCGCGAUGGGCCCAAAUUCGAUGAGCUUGAUCAAGACCUGGCUAUUGCCAUGGACGGGUGUCGGGUUAUUAUGGAUGUCUUGUCGUACGAGGUCUUUGAGCUGGUCCAGAGCGCUGAAGAGAGCGGGGGCAUUAACUUUAAGACCCGCAUGAAGAUUGUUUGGAAUGAGGAUACCAUGAGAGGGCAUCAGGAGAAGUUGCGCGCUCAAGUCCAGGCAUUGCAGUUGUUGCUUCAAGUCUGUCAAUGCCAUUCAUCGACCGAGCAAGUUCGGCUUCUCAGGAAGGCGACAACCCGACAAAUUAUAGGCAGGGUCGCUGAUGAUACCGCGACGCUCAGAUCUGGUCGGUUAAGUCGCGUAGCGACCGACACGGAUGUCAUAUCGCAGAGCAGCAGUCGGCGGGCCAUUAGCGAUCGGAUCUUUGAUUUUGACGCGACUAUCAUGGAUUCGCCGGUCUAUCAACGGGCGCUGCAGCAAUGGACGACCCCAAGUCUACCUUUGGAGGCGCAGCAAUUCCAGCCGCAGUCAAGACAACCGAGUAUCAGCGUCACUCAAAGCUCCUUCACCGACGAGGGACCUUGCUCAACAACAAGAGAACUUACUUGUCUUGCCGAAAAGCCCAUCCGCGCCCGUGCAUACCAGGAGCGUAUCUCAGGCGCAAAUUCCUCAGCGACAAAAUAUCGGUGGAAUACGGAGAAUCGUAUCCGACUCAAAAGCUUUGACCCGAGGGCAGUCAUCCGGUUCCAAGCUAGAAAGAUUCUCAUCCUUCCUUGGACGCAUCAAUACAAGCAGUCGAAGAAGUCUGAGGGUAUCGCCGGUAGGGGGCGUGGACACCGAUUACAAGCAAACCUCCACUCAAGUAUCGAUCUCGCCAAAGACGGUGCAUCAGUCUCCCCGCUCAUCAAAGCUGCCCAAGCAGGUUCUCGAGACGAAGCGGAACGACUCAUUGAGCUUGGCUUUGAUAUCGAAGAGCGACAUGAACGAUCAGGCCGGAAUGCCCUACUCGUCGCUUCCCACUGCGGUAAAGAGGCUGUGGUCGAUCUGCUGAUUCAAUGUGGUGCUCGACUGGCCGUCACGGAUGGAUCAGGCGAAACACCCCUCCAUUUGGCAGCAUCACGAGGCCAUUGGGAAGUAAUGGAAUUGCUGUUGAUAGAUCGGACUCUCAUCGAAACCCCGAAUCUCAAAGGCCGUACCGCAUUGCGUGUAGCUGCGGACUGUGGACAGCCUGACUCCGUGCAGGUGCUACUUAUGCACCAUGCUCAGGUGAAUGCCCGGGCCGAAAACCAAAUGACAGCUCUCCAUGCUGCAGCAAAGCGCGGUGACAGCGAGAUCGUGCAGCUACUCGUGGCUUAUGGUGCUGACGUGGAGGCCAAGGAUGGAAUGAUGAUGACGGCGUUACAUUACGCUUGCGAGGAAGGCCACCUUGACGCUAUAAGGAUUCUCCUGGAACAUCGAGCGAACAUUGAGGCCCAAGGUCGAGACCGCAAAACACCAUUGAUCUGUGCAGCCGAAGCUGGGCGUGCACAAGCAGUAGAUUUCCUGCUCAAACGCAAAGCGUCUUCGCGCAGUAUGGACGAUAGUGAAAUGACCGCCCUCCAUUGGGCUGCUUAUAAUGGGCAUGAGGAGACCGUUAGGAUCCUAAGCGAAAAGAAAGGGCUGCUGGAUAUGGUCAACAGUGUAGGUCGAACGGCAUUACAUCUGGCGGUCAUACAAUCACAGUUUGCUGUUGUGGAAUUCUUGCAACGCAAAGGCGUUCCUCUCGAAACACGUUGCAAAACGGGUCUUACAGCACUUCAUUACGCGUGUAUGGCAGACAGUUUCGAGAUCACAAGGUUGUUGCUCUUGACAGGCGCUGAUGUCGAAGCAUCGGAGUCCCAACAUCAAGAACGGCCUCUACAUAUUGUUGCCUCUCGGGGUUCCUUGUUCCUGUUAGAUUUACUCUGUGAGAAGGGAGCAUCUCUAGAUGCUCGUAAUGGCAUGGGUGAUAGGCCCGUUUGUGUGGCUAGCCGCUUCGGCCAUGUUGAGGUUGUCCAGAGGCUACUCGAUCGGGGAUCACCACUGUCGCUCAAAUUUGGCACCGGAUUUCGAGAGGACUCACCUUUGUGUCUGGCUGCUAUGGGUGGCCAUUUGCAUGUAGCCUCGCUGUUAUUAGUACGCGGCGCAUCUGUCUUGAAGAAGGAUGAGGCUGGAUGGCAGCCAAUGCGCUAUGCUGCGUACCAUGGCCAGCCAGAGCUCCUCCAGCUGCUAUUAUCAAGUGGCAAAAUACCGGACGCAGAUAUAGCUGAUAUCAUCAACAUGCCAGACACGGUCGGCUUCUCUCCUGGCGUGCCUGAAGAUCGGAUGCACCAAGUGCAGCAGCUGCUUAACCAAACACUCAGCCGAAACCUCCAACAGCCGAGUAUACCAGCUCCAUUGAGUCACUUUGGAGUCUCUCAGGGCGGGAGUAUGCGUGAUUUACUCUCAAGCGCGCACACGCCCCUUCCCGCUCCAGAUCUGCCAUUUCCAUCCGUGUUUGAAGCAGAUAGCUCGACUCCCUUUGAGCUUCCAGGAAGUUUAGAACAGGAAAUCUCUAGUCCGGCCAGAUCUACUGACAUCAGUCCAUGGACUGCCACCCCGGAAUCAAGACAAUCCACCGAUCAACCGCCCCCUAUGGCCAGUGACCGAGUCACGGCGCUAUCAAGAGAGUCUAGGGGCUCAUCACCCCUCGGACAUCAAAACAGAAGACCCAAUGGGACAAGGAGUCAAAGUCGAUCCCGAUCAAAAGACACCCCACUGGUGUCUGCAACAUUCACCCCUAUAGGAUCUUCAUCAUUUAUCUCGCCACCACAACACCAGUCGAGCUCUAAUACGCAUCGGAACAUGGCAUACCGGAUGAAAAAUGAAGUUCCUCCAGGCUUGAGACCUACCUCUAAACCACCACCACCCUCGGACCAUCCAACCGAGGCAGAACGAACACCACGAACAAUACCCGCGAAACCUCACGCAACAUCCCGAGCUGGCUCUCGGGCUCGUACACACAAGCAAGAUACUUAUGAUGACUCUGACUCGGACUCGAUUUUCUCUGUAUAUACAGCGCCUGAAGGUGAGGCUGGACCUGACACUUCUACAAACUUGGAUCAUCAGGGUGGUGUUGUGGAGCUCGCAUAA